CCGACUUUUAAAACGGCUGUUUAUCAUUUAAACAACUGAUUAAAUCAUUUUUAAUGUUCACCAUACGUUAACCAGUGUUUAGAGCCCUUAAACAGCUGAUUACUAUAACCGAGCUCUACAGCAUUGUUUAACCGUCCAUUAAUGCCAUAUUCGGACAUCUGCUCAACAGAUUGUGAUUUUACAACAGUUGCAACAUUACGUUAUUAGUUUAAAGUUUUUGUUAAUAGAUAAACAUGCAGUCAGUGUUCAAUUUCAAUGUACUAAUUGAUAACUAUCAAGAUCACUACUUAGGCCUUCUUGAAAAUCUAGAAGAUAUAGAGACCAAAACAAGGCGACCUAGAGUAUUUCAAAUGCGUCGUAAUUAUUACGAAGAAUACGAUGAGGAAUCAUUUAAAACUAGAUUCCGUUUGUCAAAACCUUCUGCACUGAACGUACUUCAACUAAUAGAAAAUAAAUUAGAAUUCCCGAACGAUAAGAAUAAUUCCCUGGCACCUAUAAAUCAGUUACUAUUGACUUUGAGGUACUAUGCAACUGGAUGUCAUCAACUGACCAUGGGUGAUUUUUCUGGAGUCAGUCGACCAACAGCUAAUCGUGUCAUCCACCGAGUAACUGCAGCAAUAGCCUCCCUGAGUCGUGAUUACAUCAAGUUUCCACAUACUGAUACAGAUAUUAGAAAAACCCAACUAGAAUUUUACAAUAUAGCCAGAUUUCCAAAAGUUGUAGGUGCAUUGGAUUGCACUCAUAUAAAGAUAAUAUCACCAGGAGGAAGCCAUGCAGAAACCUUCAGAAAUAGAAAAGGCUAUAUGUCAAUUAAUGUGCAAGCUAUAUGUAAUGCCCAAUUGUUAUUAACAGACCUAGUUGUUAGGUGGCCAGGAAGUACUCAUGAUGAACGAAUAUUCAGUGCAUCUAGAAGACAUGCUAUGUUUGAAUUGGGAAUGUAUGGUGAUUCAGUACUUGUUGCAGACAGUGGGUACAUGAACAGAAAUUAUUUGAUGAUGCCAUUAGAUACAGUUUCUACAUCAGCAGAAUCUUUAUAUAAUGAAUCCCAAAUCAGGACACGUAACCCAGUUGAGAGGUUAUUUGGAAUUUGGAAAAGGCGCUUUCCAGUGUUAGCCCUAGGAAUUAGGGUAAACUUGAAAAAUGCGCCACCUAUUAUAGUAGCUACUGGUGUAUUACACAACAUCCUACAAAUGAGAGGAGAUCAAAUGCCUUUAGACGACCUGAGUUUAGACUUGCCAGCACCAUGGGAAGAAAUAUUACACCAGGGAAGAAUACAGCGUUCUAUAGAUAAUAAUGUUAGAGAUUUAAAUCCCAGCAGGAGAUCAUUAAUAACAAAUUAUUACCAGUCUUGUUUAAAAGUAUGUAAUUUAUGUAACAACAAAUAAAUAAAAUAUAAUACCAACAAA